AUGGACGAUCUUCUCAUGUUCGAUGUUCGUAGUACGAUUCAUUCUUCUUCUUAUGAGUUUUUUCAGACCCGCCUUUGUUGUUCCUCCGCCGUGGAUGGUGGAGCUCAGCCUUCUGCUUCCUCCUUCCGACUGAAACAGAGGAAGAUGGCAGCCGAUGAUGAUCUCGAAGAUACUGCCACUUCUCCUCCUCAUCCUUCCAUUGUUUCCAAGUAUCUUCCUCAUUUAUUGAAAACAAAAAAGCCAAUCUAUGAUCAAUAUUCGGUGUUAUUUUCAAUUGUAAUCAUCUGGCUAUAUGCACAACUCUUAACUUCAAGCACUGUUUAUAAUCACAAGCCCGCAACAACCCAGAAAAGUUGUCGCACAGAUCAAGUUGGACUUUUGAGUACUGCUCCUUGGAUUUACAUUCCCUAUCCAUUUCAAUGGGGAGGUCCAACUUUCAAUGCUGGAGAAGCCUUUGCAAUGAUGGCUGCUUCUGUUGUUUCCCUCUUUGAGAGUACCGGAACAUUUUUCGCAGCAUCAAGAUAUGGCAGUGCGACUCCAGUGCCUGCAUCCAUCAUCAGCCGGGGUAGCGGUUGGCUGGGAGUUGGAGUUUUGCUCAAUGGCAUGUUUGGUUCUGUCACUGGCACUUGUGCAUCUGUGGAAAAUGAUGGUCUAUUAGCUUUAACAAGAGUUGGUAGCAAAAGGGUCAUCCAAAUAUCAGCUGGCUUCAUGAUUUUCUUCUCUGUAUUUGGGAAAUUUGGAGCACUUUUUGCCUCAAUUCCUCUUCCAAUUAUUGCUACCUUGUAUUGUGUCUUUUUCGGCUAUGUCUCCUCUGGGCUUGAUUUUCUCCAAUUCUGUAACUUGAACAGUUUCAGAACAAAAUUCAUCUUGGGCACCUCCUUCUUUUUGGGUUUGUCAAUACCACAAUACUUCAGAGAAUAUUAUCACCGAGAUUUGAAUCCAUCAGAGCACAUUUACUCUGGCCAGGGAUGGGUAAGCAAGCUGGAAGAC